CUCCAAUUUGGCUAGUCCACCUGCCAUCCUCGCCUCUCCCCCUCCUCCCCUCCUCGUAAAAGGAGGCGCCGAGAAGAAAAAUCAACGGAAUCUUUCGAGCUCCGCCCCGCCCCGCGGACGCUUCCCCAAGCCCCAAGCCACCGCCGCCGCCGCCGGAAGGACCAGGCUGCUCGCGGGAGGCGGCUUCGUGAAGCUAGAGGCCCUCCGGCGAUGUACCCGGUGGGGACGGCCCCGCGGCCGGGUUCGCGGCUGCCGGCGGCGUCGCGGGUCGACAAGGCCACCAGCCACCUGCUGCAGGGCCCCGACUGGGCCGUCAACCUCGAAAUCUGCGACACCCUCAACGCCGACCGAUGCUCUUGGAGACAAUGAUGAAGAACUGUGGUGAAUAUGUUCAUUCUGAAGUUGCUGAGCUGCAUGUUUUACAGGAAAUGGUCAAAAUUGUUCAGAAGAAGCAUGAUAUGCAAGUGAAGGAUAAGAUAUUGAUACUUCUGGACUCAUGGCAAGAAGCAUUUGGUGGACCUGGGGGCAAAUAUCCACAAUAUUACUGGUCAUACAUUGAACUAAAGAGGUCAGGAGUAAUGUUCCCUCGUCGUCCUAUGGAUGCCCCUCCAAUAUUUACUCCUCCUGUGACGCAUCAAUCUCAGGCCUAUGGUUCACCUGCAUAUCCCACUGGAAGUCUAAAUGACAGAAUGGCAUCUGAUGUUGAAACACUGAGUUCAGGGGAUCUGGAUAAUAUUAGAGAUGCAACAGAAUUACUGAGUGAUAUGGUGAAUGCUUUGAAUCCUGCUGAUCGCAUGGCUGUUAAAGAUGAAAUUGUUACUGAGCUUGUCAGCCAAAGUCGUUCAAAUCAACAAAAGCUCAUGGGGUUUGUCAGUUCAACAGGGAAUGAGGAGCUCCUGAAACAAGGCCUAGAAAUAAAUGAUCGCUUACAAAGUGUACUUGCAAAACACGAUGCCAUCGCUUCUGGUUCUCCUUUACCAGUUGAAACGCCAAGGAGAGAUGAGAUACCCAGAGAGGAUCCAACACCACAGCCAUCUGCACAACCGGUUGUUGCACAAAAUGAGACCCCCGUUGAAGAGGAUGAAGAGGAUGAGUUUGCUCAGCUAGCAAAAAGAAAGAACAAAUCUGUGAUAAGUAGCGACGAGGCAUCAUCGAGUGUUGGUGAUCAUGCCCUUAUACCUAUUGACGAUGCAACUUCUGAAGCCUCAUCUUCUGUUGCGAGCAAUGCCCUAGUUCCUGUUGAGUCAGCUUCUGUCAGUGGUACUAGGACAAAAGAGCAGGAUAUGAUUGACCUUCUAAGCCUCACCUUGUACAGUCCUCCUGAAGCAUCUACAGAUUCUUCAACUCAGAGCCAAAAUGACAGUCAGCAGACCGCCAUGUCAAAUGGGUCACAAUUACCGCCGAACUAUCAGCCUGCAGCGUCAAAUGGACAACAUUACCCUUCCAACCACCAGGCAUAUCCAAUAAAUCAGGGUUACACUCCAUACAACAAUUACGUCGCACCCUGGGCCCAAAGUGAACAGAGUGCACAGACUGGAGCAUAUCCAGUUCAGCCUCCACAAUAUACAUCAACCUAUCCGGCACAGCCACAAUAUACAUCAACCUAUCCGGCACCGCCUUGGGCCAUGCCUACAAGUGCCAACUCUGUAAAUCCUUUUCAGCCUGCCACAUACCAAACGCCGAAUCCUCCUGUUGCUUCUGUUGCCUCGACACCUUACCCGGCUCCUUCAACACCUUAUGCUUCUCCACUGAUGCAACAUGUGCCAUCCCCAACUCUCAACCCCAGUCCUAUGCAACAGCAGAGCUCUUCUGUUUCUCAUGCAAACAACGCCCUUGCCAUUGUUCCAGAUGCUCGAAUGAAUGGAAACCAAAGACCAAAAGAAGCACCAGCGACCGCAGCCAAACCCUACUACAUGCCAGACAAUCUGUUUGGUGAUCUGAUCGAUGUGAAGAGUUUCGGCGCAGCAGGCAAGACAAGCAGAUCGACAAAUGUGCCUGGUCCAAAGGGUGGUGGUCAACCUAUGAUCGGUGGAAAGAAAUAGGUCUCGCGAGUUCAAGUUAGCUACUCAGUGUCAUUUGGUUUGUACAUUUGCUGUAUAUGUGUUCGGGUCAUAUUGGUGAUAUUGUUUAAUUUUAGUUGUCGGUCGGCAUAUGUGCAUUCUUAAGAGAUGGUAGAGCAUAAUUGCUGUAAAUGAUUUGCUUCAACCAUCUGUCUCUGGUAGACCUUCCGCACAAAGGAGGAAAAGGCAAGGGGAGAGGUGCCCCCCUGCCUUUCAUCGCUGAUUUGUUUCAUCA